UGACAAAAGCUCCCGGUCCCUGCAGGGGGAGGGGGGUCCGGCUCUAUAAAGGCUCUGCGGUCCUGCUGGGCCAAGCCAGCAUUGUGAGGCUGGGGGUACACGCAGGUCGCUGGCCAUGGCGAGCUCAGAAGAGGUGCAGAGGGCGACGGAGCUGAUUGAGCAGCGGCUGGCUGAGGAGGAGGAGAACCAGAAGCUCCACGAUGCCGCCAGCACGAAGCUUGGGCCGCUGCAGAUGGACAUGCUGGUCCUAGAGGAUGAGAAGCGCCACGGGGCCCAGAACCCGGCGCUUCAGAAGGUCAAGGGUCAGGAGAGAGUGCGAAAGACGUCGCUGGACCUUCGCCGGGAGAUCAUCGACGUGGGGGGCAUCCAGAACCUCAUCGAGCUCCGGAAGAAAAGGAAGCAGAAGAAGAGAGAGGCGCUGACCCCGGCUCCCGAGCCGCCCCCCGAAGCCCAGGAGAUCACUGGACCCAUAGAAGCGGAGAGCUUCCUGAAAGCCGCCGUGGAAGGGAAGAUGCCUGUCAUCGAGAAGUUCCUGGCGGACGGAGGCUCCCCCGACACCUGUGACGAGUUCCGCAGGACGGCCCUUCACCGGGCCUCCCUGGAGGGCCACACGGAGAUCCUGCAGAAGCUGCUGGACAGUGGAGCCACUGUGGACUUCCAGGACCGGCUGGACUGCACGGCCGUACACUGGGCUUGCCGUGGGGGCCACCUGGAGGUGGUGAAGCUUCUGCAGAGCCGCGGAGCAAACAUCAACGUGCGGGACAAGCUCCUGAGCACUCCCCUCCACGUGGCCGCCCGCACGGGGCGAGUGGACCUGGUGGAAUACUUCCUCUCCAUGGGAGUGGAUAUCAAUUCCAAGGACAGGGAAGGAGACAGUGCCCUCCACGAUGCCGUGCGCCUUAACCGCUAUAGGAUCAUCAAGAUGCUGCUUCUGCACGGGGCUGACAUGAUGGCCAAGAACAUGGCAGGGAAGACCCCCACGGACCUGGUGCAGCUCUGGCAGGCCGACACCCGCCAGGCCCUGGAGCACCCAGAAGCGGAGCCCGCCCACAGCCAGAACGGCCUGGAGGGGUCUGCAGAGAGUGGCACCGAGUCGGCCCCCCAGUAAUCUUUCCCAUCUGGAUAACUUGUCCAGCCUCUGCGGAAGGACGACACAGAGCCCUGUGAUGGAGCAGAGGAGGAAGUUCCGGCUGCUAUCAAGUGGGCAUUUGCAUUUCCUCACUCUCCACCUUCCUCCAACCUGGAGUGUUUUGCUAUCUGGAGUGAUAAUUUUAUUUUCCUUUGCCAGAAAGGAAGGGAAUGAGGGAGUGGGAAAAGAGACUGCAGGGAGGAGAAAAAAAGGCGAUUGUCCACCAAACCUUCUCUCUUUUCUCUUGGAUACUCUUUCCUUUCAGGACUUUUCUUGAAUGCUUCUUUUUAAUUUUUUCUUUCUUGUUUCAUUAAAUAGCUCCCUUUUACAUGUAAAAAGUUUUAAUAUUCAUUAAAAAAUUUUGAGUUCCAAA